AUGGGCAAGCAUGUGUUUAAGUAAGUUUUUUGCAUUGUUUUUUUGGAUUUUAGGCACUCUUUGGGGUUGAUAGUGAAUAUGAGAUCAUAUAUUGAUGGAUAUUGGUUUGAUUUUUGUGGUUUUGGUUUUAAAAGAUGGAAAAGAGUCAAUGGAUUUUAAAGAGUAUUAAUUUGAUUAGUUUUGGAUAGUUUUUGUUGCUUUUUCAAGAGUUUUAAUCUAGCUUUUAUGGAUAAUAUAACUUUUACUUGAAAAAAACAUUUUUAUCUGUUAUGUUUUUUUAAUUAGUAUUUUUUUACUAGAUAUAAUUACUUUUUGACUAUUCAUUUUAAUAUAAAGUUGUUUCUUUUAGAAAUUUCCUAGUAUUAUUAAUAACAUCAACGUUGUUCGUAACACCAGAUGAACACGAACAUACCUACAAGGAAAACGAGGAAGUUGUGUUAUGGAUGAACACAAUUGGGCCAUAUUCGAAUCGUCAAGAGACUUACUCCUAUUUUUCUUUGCCAUUUUGUCGAGGAAACAAACAGAACAUUGAGCAUUACCAUGAAACGCUGGGUGAAGCGUUGCUGGGAGUGGAAUUGGAGUACUCUGGGCUGGAUAUUCGAUACAAAAGUAAUUUUUUUAAAUAUAUUUGUCAUUAUUGUUUUAGGAACGUCUGUUUAAAAUUUGAAUAUAAUUGGACUAUUGGUUUAAAAGAUGUGUUAAAAUGGAUGUUGUAGUAGACAUUACAAUACUAUUUUGACGUAAAUGAAGUGUUUAACCAUAAUUUUUUUAGUGAAUCAAGAAAAAACCUCGUACUGUAAGAGGAUCAUGUCUGGUGCUGAUGUCGAAGCUUUGGAUUAUGCUGUGAAACACAACUACUGGUAUCAAAUGUACAUCGACGACCUUCCACUUUGGGGUAAGGAUUUUUGAUUUAAAUCUUUGUUUUAGAUACAACUUAAUGUUUUUGGACAAGUAUAAUGUAAAAUACGUUGUGCGGUCUUCUUGCUUAUAAAGAGAGACUAAAUAUUGUUAUAGACUAAUUUAACUACUGCAAAUGGAGUGAAAAUUAAUUAUGUUGUUGUAGAUAUGAAAUGAUCGAAAACAUUUGGUCAUAACUUUAUUUUUUGAUAAGGAAUGAUAUUGGGAACGGUUAUAAAAUAUUUUCCAGGCUUUUGUGAAUUGAAAAAGUACUACUUUGUACUAAUCAGACCAGUAAAAAUCGAGUUAUGAAUUAAUCUUAUCUCACUCAUCUAAAACAAUAUAAUCUUUAGCUCUGGUGGGAGAAUUGGAUCCAACAACCAAAGAAGUGACUGUAUAUACGAAUAAACGUUUUGAAAUCGGAUACAAUGGUGAUAGAAUCGUGGAUGUGUCGGUUGUAGUUGAAGACAAAAAGGUCAUCAAAGCUGGAGAUGAGGUCUCCUUCACCUACUCAGUCUCAUGGAAGUCAUCUACGGUCGAUUUUGAGAAACGAUUCGAAAAAUAUUUGGAUCCAACCUUCUUCCAACAUAGAGUAAGCUUUUUGGAGAUAAUUUAUAUUGUAGUAGGCUGCAUAUGAUUAGAUAUGGCAUUUUGGAGGCGGUUUUUAGCUAUAUAUGCGCAGUGUAAUAUAGUUUGAAGCUUUUAUUAAUAAAACUUUUAGAUUCAUUGGUUCUCUAUCUUCAAUUCUUUCAUGAUGGUCAUCUUCUUGGUCGGUUUGGUAUGGAUGAUAUUGUUGAGAACGCUGAGCAAAGAUUACGCUAGAUAUCACAAGGAGUUGGAUGUAGAAGCGGUAAGGCUAAUAUUAUGUUUAAAAUUGUUUUUGGCAAAAAUUUUUGUUUAAAGUAAUGGUUUUGGUUGAAUUUUAAGUUAUUUUGAAGUAAAAACAAAAUUUUUAUGAUUUAGAAAAUGUGGAAUUUUAGUGGAAGAUUUUAAAUGUAUUUUGCACUGAAAAUCUUCUAUCCAACUUCCAUUUUUAAAAAGUCUUAAAAUGGCCUAAAAUCACGUUUUUAAGGUUUUUAGAAGUGGAAGUUUGGUGGAAGAAUUUUAGUGUUAUUUGCACUGGAAAUCUUUCAUCAAUCUUCCACUUCUAAAAAUGCUCAAAAACGUGUUUUCAGGCAAUUUUAAGACAUAUUAAAAAUGGAAGUUUGGUGGAAGAUUUCUAGUGAAAAUUGCAUUACAAAUCUUCCAUUCACUUUCCACUUUUUGAAAAAUGCUGAAAGUAUUAAAAAUUUUUAAUAAUGAUACUUGCAUUUACAAUAUAUUUUACAGGACGAAGAGCUAACAGAUGAUUACGGUUGGAAACAAGUCCACGGCGACGUCUUCCGACCACCUCAACAUCCAAUGCUUUUCUGUUCACUAAUUGGAACCGGCUACCAUCUAGCCUCAGUCCUAUUCAUCACCAUCGCUCUGGCCAUUCUGGCCGAGUUCUACACGGAAAGAGGAUCAUUAUUGUCGGCCACCAUCUUUGUCUACGCCAUCUGCGCACCCAUCAACGGUUUCUUCGGCGGCUCGAUGUACUCGCGGGUGAACGGCCAAAACUGGAUCAAACAGAUGGUUUUUGGCGCAUUCCUGUUCCCAGGGUUCUUGGCCUGGGUGGCUUUGUCGAUUAAUACCGUCGCCAUCUACUAUCAUGCUUCAAGGGCUAUUCCUUUCACUUCUAUGGUCAGUUUUUGGAGGUUUUAACUGGGGGACUUUAAGAACAACCUGAUAUAUCUAAAGUUGAUAUCAGGUUGUUCGAAUAAUUCUUUGCUGUCUAACAUUGAAAAUUUGCGGGGGCCCAGAAUUAUGUGAACAAUAUCAUACAAAUGAAGGUUUUAAGUGGGGGGGGGGGGGGGGGAAUGCUCUGUGUCUAGUCCUGGGAAAUGAGGCGGUUGAAGCUUAAGAUUGAUUAAAAAUGAAGAUUUUGAAACGUUUGAGGUAGGGAAAAUGAAAGGAAUAGUGAUUUUUUGAAAGUAACAAUCCAGAGAGAGUAACGUUUUUCAAUUUUUGGAAUAAAAAGUCGAAUUUUGAAAUUUUAAAUUUUUUAGGUAACAAUUUUUUUGUUUAAAAAAUUGGUUUUUAGGUACUGCAUUAUGCUUGGGUUUUUGUUUUGGGUUGAGUUUUUGCUGAAUAUUUGGAAAAGAAUGAAAUUUUGAGUACUUAAGCAUGUUUAGGUAACAAUUUUUAAAAUUAACACUGGAUUUUUAAAUUUUUGAAUAAAAAUAAGGUUUCUAUAAGUUUUAUACUAAAUGGUUUUUGAUUUUAGAUUUAUUAUUGGUGAGAAAAAUCAAAAUUUUAAGUUUAGGUAACAAAAUUUUGAAAAAAUAAUUUUUUUUUAUUUUAGGUAAAUUUUUGAGAAUGUAUAUAUGCUUUUAUGAUUAUUUGGGACCUGGAGCUCAGCACAUUGUAUUUUAAAUCGAAAACUAUAAAGAAAAUUUGCUUUUACGUCAUAAAAUACACUUGAUUUUAGAAAAAAAGGUUCUUUUUUCAAAAUUCAUAAAAUUGACCUAAUUUCAAUGAUCUGUUGCCAUUUUUAACAACCCAUCCUUUUCAGUUGUCCAUUUUUGGCAUCUGUGCCUUCGUCAUUCUCCCUCUGAACUUUGUGGGCACUUUGUUGGGCCGCAAUCUCAAAGGCCAAGCCGACAUUCCAUGCCGAAUCAACGUCGUCCCACGCCCGAUCCCGGACAAAAAAUGGUACUUGGAGCCGAGUGCCAUCUCUGUCAUCGCCGGAUUCUUGCCUUUUGGUUCCAUUUUUAUUGAAAUGUAAGGGGAGGAUCGAAUUUUUGGGGGAUUUGAAGAUUUCAAAGAGAUUUGAGUAGUGGAAAUUGAGUGGAAGAUUUGUAAUGUAAUUUUCACUGAAAAUCUUCCACUCAACUUUCAUUUUUAAAAUGUCUUAAAAUUGCCUAAAAACACGUUUUUAGGCAUUUUUGGAAAUGGAAUUUUGGUGGAACAUUUUCAGUGCAAAACACACUAAAAUUCUUCCACCAAACUUCUAUUUCUAAAAACCCUUAAAAACGUGUUUUUAGGCUAUUAUAAGACUUUUUAAAAAUGGAAGUUAAGUGGAAGAUUUUUAGUGCAAAUUACAUUGCAAAUCUUCCACUUAACUUUCAUUUUUUUAAAUUUGUUAUUGUUGGCUUGUAAACAAAGGUUUAACAUAUUUGUUGUGAAAAGUGGCAUUCGGAGCAAGCUUUGGCACUUUUGAAGCCGUUUUUGUAAAAUUUUAAACCUAAGUUCACCCUAUUUUAGGUACUUUAUCUUUACCUCAUUCUGGGCCUACAAAAUCUACUACGUCUACGGCUUUAUGCUGUUGGUCGCCAUCAUUUUACUGGUCGUUACUGCCUGCGUGACAAUUGUUUCCAGCUACUUCCUGUUGAACGCCGAGGACUAUCGCUGGCGUUGGUCGUCGUUCACCGCCGGUGGCUCCAUCUCGCUUUACGUUUACCUGUACUCGAUCUACUAUUACUUCUUCAAAACUAAGUAAGUUCAGGUUGAUGGGUUGAGUUUUGUGAAUUUUGAGGGAAUUUGAGAAUUUUUGGAGUUGGAAAGAAAUUUAUUGUCAUUUUUUGCUUUGUAAACAAAGUUCUUGCCAUUUUGAUAAAAACAACCCACUUAAUACCUAAAUUUCAGGAUGUACGGCCUCUUCCAAACCCUCUUCUACUUUGGCUACAUGGGCAUCUUCUCGGUCGCUCUCGGCAUCCUUUGCGGCACCAUCGGCUACGUGAGCUCGGCCUCUUUCAUCCACAAGAUUUACUCGCGAAUCAAGCUGGAUUAG